GGGAAUAAAAGCCUGGGAAAGGGGCUCCACUUGGUGUUAUGAAAGAUGUGGGUUUCACACAUCACACACUUUCAAACCCAAGUUCCUCUGGGGCUGCCAGAGCAAGCCUCUGAAGAAAGAGAUUUACACCAUCAUGCCAAAACCAGAAUCAGCCCCUGGAUUUACUACUCUCUAGCUCAGAGCAGAAAUGCUAAAGUACCACUCCAUCCCUCCUCCUCCUGGACGAAUCUCUACCCUGUGGUACAUGAAAAAUGCCUUUCACAGCUCCACAUAAUAAAAAUAAUAAUAAUUCUUUUCGGGACUGAGCCGUGACGCCUCCCCCCAGCCCGGCGUGCUGCAGUGGGCUCCGAGCGGUGCCGGGGACGGUGGCAGCGGGUGGCAGCUGUCCCUGCCUCCUCCUGCCGCACGCUGAGCCGCUCCUGCCCAUCCUACGGGAGCAGGGGACAGCGAGCCUGGCAGCCUGCAGGUGUCUCCCAGCGGAGGAGGCUGCGGAGCCCCUCGGGAGGAUGAUGUGUGGUAGCCGAGCAGAUGUUCACUCGCCUCUGGUGCUCCUCGGGAGGCAGAGCCGCUCCGGUCCCCUCAGCGCGCUGAAGCUCCGCGGCUGCGAGAGAUCGGCCCCGCUGCCGCGCCGGCAGCUGCUCCUUUAACGUACAAAGGCAGGGUUUCAAGUGAAGGGGAAGAAUGGGAGUCUGGCUGCAGAGCUUCCUUCACCGCUUCAGCAGCAGAUUGGAAGAAGCUGAGAGUUUUGAUGCCUGGACAACUGGAUUCUGAAUCGUGAGAAGCUUUGAAACCUCCCCCCCUCCCAAAUAAAACAAACCCCUUUGACUUCUUCUCUCAGCAGGAGGGGGAGGGAGGGCGGAUUUACCAUGAAGACAAAUCGAAGAUGCAGAGCCCUGCUAGCAGUGAGUCUGAAUCUGAUGGCUCUCCUCUUCUCUACAACAGCUUUUAUCACGACCCACUGGUGUGAGGGCACACAGAGGGUCCCCAAGCCGAGCUGUGGGAAAGAGAAGAAGACAAACUGCCUCAAUUACGGCGGGAAUGAGACUGCAAAUGAGACGAACCAGAAUGUGGUUCAUUACAGCUGGGAGACGGGAGAUGACCGCUUCCUUUUCAGGUAUUUCCACACUGGGAUCUGGUACUCCUGUGAGGAAAAUAUCAAUGCUGCUGGUGAAAAAUGUCGAAGUUUUAUUGACCUUGCCCCGGCUUCUGAAAAAGGUGUGCUGUGGCUCUCAGUGGUGUCCGAGGUGUUGUACAUCAUGCUGUUGGUCGUUGGGUUCAGCCUCAUGUGCCUCGAGCUCUUUCAUUCAAGCAGUGUCAUAGAUGGGCUCAAGUUAAAUGCCUUUGCUGCUGUCUUCACUGUGCUUUCAGGUCUCUUGGGGAUGGUGGCACACAUGAUGUACACUCAAGUUUUCCAAGUGACAGUCAGCCUUGGGCCAGAGGACUGGCGACCACAUUCCUGGGACUAUGGAUGGUCCUUCUGUCUGGCGUGGGGCUCUUUCACCUGCUGCAUGGCGGCCUCCGUCACCACCCUCAACUCUUACACUAAGACUGUCAUUGAGUUCAGACACAAGCGCAAAAUCUUUGAGCAGGGCUUUCGAGAAGAGCAGAACUUCCUAGACCAGGAAGCCAUCAAGUACUUCAGAGAAAGGACUGAGGAGGAGAGGGCUGAGGCUGGGGACCUGAGGUUACAGUGCCUCCAUAGCUGCUCCCCAAAUAGAAAGAUGUGUGCAGUUUCAUGCAUCUAUUUCCUUGGAAAGAAAGCAAGUGAUCCUUCAUUCAGCAGGAGGGAGCCUUGGGAGAGUGACUUGCUGGCUCUGCGCUGUUAAAAUUUGGAAACCUCAUGGCAUUUUGCUGCCUCUGUCUUGCUGAGAUGCACAUCUCAGCCACAUACUCAUGGAAGCUUGGUGUCUGUAACCCCAACCCCUGAGGGUCCUGCUCCCUCACCAGACCUGCUGGAACAGCCCUCCUGUCCCAUGUCACUGCAGGUGGUGUCCCCACAGGCAUGAUAGUGCUGGCACUGCUCUCCAGCUCGGUUUGUCAUCAGCUCACUUGGUAACUCCUGCUCCUUGAAAAUGUCAUGUCAGUCAUGGACCUUUCCACAGGCAGAUCCAUAUACUUCAUUCUCACAGGCCUGAAAAUGUCUAUUGGUACAAAAUUGAUCUGGGUCAUGUUUCCUGAGAAAAUUCCUCACCUGCCAAGCUCCUGGCAGGUGCUCAAAUGUGCUUAUUUUAUUAUUGAAACCUGUCCAGAAGUCUUUGUUUCAAAGAACAAAUAACAAGUCUUGACAAUAGGUGUUCCAAGGAAUGGGCUCUGCUGGUCCUGUGCCCAGCGCUGUCCCAGGUGUUUCAAUGUUAAAGGACACAGAGCUCAUCCCAUAGAGUGCUAACAGUGCUGAGGAAGCAAACCACAAACGAGAAGCCCUGAGUCAGGUUAAAGAACAGUGGCCAUUCCUCAAUAUUCCAUCAGGCUCAGCCUCACAUCCAUUACCUUCUGUAAUGAAAUCAGAUCAAUAUUAAUGAAGUGACAGGAGUGAAGCCGUGCUCUCAGUUCACAGUUUACUUACAAAUCCAAUAGAAGCUGCAAAAUGCUCAUUAUCCAUGCUUAUUAGGGAGGAAAAACCAUUAGUUACUGCUGCUUGGGAUGGCACAAAGCUUCACAAUGCUCACAUGACCCUCUCCUUCCUCAAGCAAGCCCACCAAGCCAUAACUGGCCUGUGCCUGACCCCAGGAUUCUCCUUGAUGCUGGUUCCAGGGUCCCACACUCCCAGUCCUUGUCACAUUCCCCAUGCCAGGGACCCGUGGCCAGCAGAGGAUUGAGAACGGCCAGCAGAGGAUUGAGAAGGGCUUGGCUGAAGGCAGAGCAGCCACCAAGGUCGCACUGACCCCAUGGGUGGUGUGGAAGAAGGCGACACGUCACCAGGAACAGACCAACCCAGCAGCCACAUGCCACCAGCAGAGGAAAUGCCAGCAGGUCACUGGGAGCACUUCAUGGACACUUCACACAGGGGUGGUCCUGUGCCAGCAGGACACCAGGAGGCACCACCUGGAGUUAUUCCUGCUGCUCACCUCAACCAGCACCUCAUUCCCGGCAGGACCUGCCAGCUGCCCUCACCCAGGAGCACUCUGAGGAGGUUCUAAUCUGAACCAAACAGCAGAUAAGGAAUACUGGCUCAUCCUCAGGCAUCAUGAAUCUUUCUGUCCUCCCACGAAGACAAAACAGGGCAUCUGUCCUUGUUGAGAGGAAAGGACUUGGGGGAGUGUCGCUGAGGAGUGAAAGAGCAAAAGCUCUAAAGAGGAGAACAAGACUGAGCGAUUGUGGAAGACAAACACUACCUGGCCAGGGCUUCACAACACCCAGCUCUAAGUGUCACUAGCCCGCAGAGGAACAGGAGUGAUCAUAAUGCUCAGAAAAUACCCCCAUUCGCUA